GCGCCUCCGUCUCCGGCUUCCACGCCGCCGCCAGCUGCAACGCCUCCGUCCCCGGCUUCCACGCCAGCUGCAGCCUCUUCGUCCACGCCAGCUGCAGCGCCUCCGUCUCCGGCUUCCACGCCAGCUGCAGCCUCUUCGUCCGGUCCAGCCUCCGAGUCUUCAGCCCGCCUGGUCCAGCCUCCGAGUCUUCAG